GUCAGCGUGGAGGAGACCGUCAAAGUGCACGUGCUGGGCCUGCCGCCGCGUGGCGACGGGCGGACUGCGUCGAUGGUUGGCGGCCAGUCUGGCAUGAUGAUGGGGCCAGACGGGAUGAUGAUGGCAGGGCCACCAGGCGUGAGCGGCCCGGCGGGGGCGGGCAUGAUAAUGGGACGGCCGCCCGGCAUGAUGGGCCUCGGCACGCGCAUCCCCGUGCCGCCGGGGCAGCCCGGGAUGUACGCUGGCGGUGGCGGCGACGGCUUUGGCCCUGGGAUGUAUGGUGGCGCAGACGGGGCUGUGGCGGCCAACGUGAGGGGCCGCGGGCGCGCACCUGGCUACUAUUGA